CUGACGCCACAUUUCCUUUUUUUAACAUUUAGUUUUCGGGAUCGAUCUGGCCACUGGUGCUCCUGUGAGUCGGACUACGAAGUAGACACGAAGAUCAUAAGUUUUGACCAAAGUCGACGCUUCAGUCCCAUUGGAGCCAGCUUCCAUCUAGAUAUCUCAAGUCCCAGUGCUGACACGCAGCCAUCACUUGCCUUAAGCCGUUCAAGUUCGCCUUGUGUUCGCCGUAAAAGCGAGGACGCCUACGACGUAAACGUCCUGAACGGCCAGCUCAGUUCAGAGAACUUGCGUGCGUCAGCUGAAGCUGCGGUGGCCGAUCAGCUUCCACCCGGGGCUCAUCCAGUGGACCUCCGCAGCUCCACACCAACGCCUCCCCCCAUCCCCACCUCCCCAAGCCCUCUUCAGGCCCUCUUGACAAGUCCGUGUCCCAGCGGCGCUCCCUCGCCGACCCCGAUCGAUGUAGACAAACGACCAAUCCCCGACUCUCCCACCGCCACCCCCUCCUCUUCCUCCCAAAUCUACCUCCAGGUCCCCGCGGAUGGAAGGCGGACGAUUCAACUCUCGCCCACGGUGAUUCUACGGCCGCAGGACUCGGAGGAGCGACCUCCGGAUGUGGUACAUCUGGAAGACAAGGAUGAACAGUCGCUGACACCGAGACCAACAGCUGAAGGUGCGGCUCUGAAGGAGAUUGCCGCUACAUCGGGAGUGAAAAAAGUGGAACACGGUACCACGGAAGACACUCACCAUCCUUCGAAGUCUCUAGCGAAUACCCUGUCGGCGCAGUUCAAAUCCACAACGAGCGCUUUAUCAACAGGCUUUAAGUCCCUAUUCAAGGAACCCGUGUUGUCGACCACGGCGGCACCACCAACCUCUUCAAGGGCGGCCCAGCUUCGGCGAAGUUUCUCUGCCAAAUCCGCCGUCGGUUUUGCUCAGGAGGUGGACUUGACAAAUCCGACGAAGUCAAUCACACAUGAUCCCAACUUUGUGUCGGAAACAAAUGUGGCUUCCAAAAACACCGAGGAGCUCCAGCCAACGGCAAGUCAGCCGCCUCCACUGCUGUCCGAACAGUCUACGUCUGAAGACAAGGAGUCAAGUAAAGACUACGAGGCGCAGUUGGCCGAGUACUCAAAGUUUUCGGCGUCUGUGUCACAGCUAUUCGACACAACUUCGCUGGAUAAUAUAGUCGCGGCGGUAGAGAACGAACCACAGCCUUCUCGUGAGGAACAAUUAAAACAGUUGAGAAUUCGUGCUGGUCUAGUCUUGUCUGACGGACCGGCCCUGCACGAUUACUACACCCAGUCCUACCAAUUCGCUCCAAAGACACAAAAGCCCGCCACCUUGACUGGAUCUUUGCCGUCGUUGAAUACGCCGAACCUUCAACAAUCCCUGCCUAAAGCCAGCGUCAUGUUCGGCUCCUUAAUGUCAAAAGCCCACAACGCUGCAUCAGACUUGUUUAAACAAGUGAACGUGGUUGCCGAAGCUGCCAAGCAGGCAGUCUCGGAGGCACAUGCAAUGAUGGUUGACGAUAAGCAGCAGCAGGAGGCAAAGGCUCCAGUUGAAAACAACAAAAUCUCAACUCCAGAGGCGAACCUUCCAGAACUGACGCCUCCAGCCCCGGAUGAGGUAAGCGAAGAUGACAUCAUUACCCGGGGUGUUCUGGAACCCCCUGAAUACAUAAACGAGGACGAGAGAAAGGCCGCGCGUCGUGCGUGGGGUCAGUCGUCGUCGAUGGAUGAUCAAGAGGACGAUGCCAGCGUUAGCUAUCUGGUGGAAGAACCCGAAGACGACGGCGACGAGGAUCAAAGUGCAUGGACCAAGUCGGAGGCCCGGCGCCCUCGUGGUAGAAAUGAAGACGUGUUGAUGCGCGGUGAGAGGGUGGAUGAUGUGGCCUGGCUGCGUUCACGUGAUAGGGACGAACAAUCUGCCAUCUCUGCGCGGGAUGGAAUGCUCAUGGCGGCUGUUACGGGUGUUCGUGAUCCCCUGGUCAACGGACAGGCUUACUAUGAUGACGAUGAUGAGGAGGAAGUGGAGGAGGAGGAGGAAGAAGAAGAUGAUUUCGAAGAGGCAUCAGAACAUGGCAGACGAACAAGGUCGCACUGGCACACGGAUGAGAGUGAGAACGAAAUCCGGUUGCCCAUUCAAAGAAGGCGCGAUCGUUUUAACAAAUUCUCCGAGGAUGAGUUUCAGGAUGACUAUUCCGACAGGGAGGCAGUUGACGAAGGAGGGGACGAGGAAUUGGACUACGUAGGCAAUCAACGAGGUCGCGCAAGACGACGUCAGUUGCCUGAAAACCGGAAUUCAAUUAACCUGGACGAGGGAGAGAGCGACUUUGCUGGAAACCAGAUAGGGUCCACAGAUGACUCUGGCUCCUGCACGCAAUCCCUUGCUGCCUCCCCUGGUGGAAGGAGUCUGCGUUCACAAACUGUCAACCCCUUACUAACGAUUAUGGAAAUGGGUCACGCAUCUGCCCGUGGAGCCUUCCCAGUGUGGAUCGAAAAACCGGCGAACUAUUCCUUCCCAUCGAAUCCUCCGGCGAUCGGAACGGUCUCUCGAGAAAGACGAAGUCGGCGACAGCGUCAAAACCGUUUCCAGAAUGGCAGCGCCACCUCAACCAACCGCCGAAGAGACGUGGAAGGGUCCACAGUCCACCGGAGUUCUGAGGUUGUGCCACGACACCCCUGGAUCUCCCCGACAAACGGAUACUACACGGGGGGCGCGGAUGUCGACGCCUUGGGGUACUACAGGGACCCCGAAUGUCCUGAAUGCGUGGCCGCCUCUGGUGAAGACCCAAGCAGGAUUCGAUUCGAACAAGACAUCCCUCUUGCCUCCUCCUCUACUAGACGUCAACGUUUUCGACCGCGUCAAAAUGACCUCAGGUUCCACAAUGGAAUGCUCUCGGACCCGGACGUGUUUUAUCAGGAUGCCUUCUGGGACAGCAGUGGAUGGGAGGGCUACUACCAGAGGCGUCUGCGUGCCGACGACUUUGAGUGGUACCCUGGACCGGCCUACGAGCCCUUCGAAUCUGACUGGCAGCAGCAGGGGUCAUUUGAGGAGCCGGGUCGGCGACCCUAUCGAUUACCCUCGAACCACCUACAAUUGCCACCUGGGGACUAUGGGUGCUGGUCCGACACAGGGAUGCCGCCUGCUACCAGAGCAAUCGACACCUCGCGCCGAUGGUCAAGCUGGGACAAACACGGUCGACCGACUGAACACCUCUACGACAAUCUCGCCUAUGCCAACGGACACCACCGCUACUACACUGAUGACCAGUCCACUGAUGAAUGGGCGUUGGAUAGCUCCUGCACCCUCCUAGCUGGUGGCAGUCCAUUCCACGCAUCACAGCAUCCCUACCAACCCGUGGCGACUGAAUACCGAACGUCAGACUCGACAACAGCCGAGGCUUCUAGGUUUGUAUCGGAUCGUCAAUACGUGCCGUACAAUCGAGGACUGCCCAGUGAGGGGACACGGCAGACCUAUCUUGCACCCACCGAUCGAGAGCACCAUCGUUACGCCCAGUCGAUCCAGGAGCUUUCACGAGGUUCGCGAACACGGCGCAACAGUGGCUACUACAGUCCCUCUACCUCCCUGAAACGAACAGAGAGGUCGCGUGCAAGAACAAGUCCACGAUCCAGGGACCCUACACGCAGCCCGGGUCAUGCGAUUCCCGGCAGUGUAAUGUCGCCCUACGAAAACCAAAGAGCCUUCGAGUAA